AAAACGUCCUGGGUGGAGCUCCAAGUUGCACGGUAGUCAGCCCCUGAGUUUGCCUUGAGAACUACAUACAUACUUCAGUACUUGACAAUGUGAGAAUGUGUGCAUGUGUUUAGCAUAGUCAGACAAAGUGCGAUACAGAAAACAUUUUUGUUUUCUUUUAAAUCGAAUUGUGUUGUGACACUUGACUGAAGAGUAUUUUAAAACUGAGAGGAUAAUAUUGUUCCAUAGGUGGAGAAACGAAACGUGCCACUUUUUGUUUUGUAAAUGCCCAUAAGGAACUUCUGAAACAAAGGAUUCUCUGUGGAUGUUUUGUGUUCUGACUUUUGCUGUGGAGAAGACUAUUAGUAACUGGUAAUGUCGGAGGUGACUCUUCAUUCAUGUUUUAUAUACACCAUUAACGUAUAGUCCAGACGGACUUUUGUAGACUGUAAUACAUCUGGAUUAAUAAAAAAGCAAAAAGCAUGGAUAAUUUUUUUAUGGAGGGAGCAAGAGUCUGGUUGAGAGAAAAUGAUCAGUACCUACCUAGUACAGUCUCGUCCUGCGCAGCAGGAGUUGUGGUGCUCGCCACAGACUACGGGCAGGUAUAUACCUACAAACUUAACUCCCUCACUCGGCAAAAGGUGAUGGCCAUGCAUUCCACCAGUAUUGAAGGAGUAGAAGAUAUGGCGGAGCUGGGUGACCUGCACGAAGGGGCAAUCAUGCACAAUCUGUACCUACGAUAUCAACACAACAUCAUUUAUACAUAUAUAGGUUCCAUUCUGGCCUCUGUGAACCCCUACAAGAUUAUUCCAGGCCUGUAUGACUGUCUCACAGUGGAGUCCUACAGCAAACAUCGUCUAGGAGAAAUAUCCCCUCACAUCUUUGCUUUGGCCAAUGAGUGUUACCGCUGUCUUUGGAAACGUCUUGAAAACCAAUGUGUUCUCAUCAGUGGAGAAAGUGGAGCUGGGAAGACUGAAAGCACAAAGCUCAUCCUCCGAUUCCUCUCAGCCAUGAGCCAGCGUUCACUGGAGGUGACGUCGAAAGAAAAAACUUCACAUGUGGAACAGGCCCUCUUGGAAAGCAGCCCGAUCAUGGAAGCCUUUGGAAAUGCCAAAACAGUUUACAAUAACAACUCCAGCCGGUUUGGGAAGUUUGUUCAGCUGAACUUUUGUCAGAAGGGGAACAUUCAGGGAGGAAAAAUUGUAGAUUAUUUAUUAGAAAAGAACCGAGUAGUUAGACAGAACCCUGGUGAAAGGAACUAUCACAUUUUCUAUGCACUGCUGACAGGAACUGAUAGGGAACAAAAAGAAGAAUUCCAUCUAUCCCAAGCUGAAAACUACUAUUACCUGAAACAGUCUGGAUGCACAGCAGACAAGACAAUCAAUGACGUGGAGACCUUCCAGGAUGUCAUGACUGCAAUGAAGGUCAUGCAGUUCAGUAAUGAGGACAUCCAUGAGAUCCUUAGACUCCUGGCAGGGGUUCUGCACUUAGGAAACAUUGAAUUUAUGACUGCAGGUGGGGCACAGGUGUCCUCUAAAUCAGCUUUGGGAAGAGCAUCAGAGUUGCUUGGGCUGGACUCAAUGCAGCUUGCAGAAGUUCUUACCCAUAAAUCUAUGCUCCUCAGGGGAGAGGAGAUCUCCACACCACUGACUGUGGAACAGGCGGUAGAUUCCAGGGAUUCAAUGGCCAUGGCACUUUAUUCCCAAUGCUUUUCUUGGAUCAUAAAAAAACUCAACAGCAGGAUAAAAGGCAAGGAAGACUUCAAGUCUAUAGGAAUCCUGGAUAUAUUUGGAUUUGAAAACUUUGAGGUUAAUCGCUUUGAGCAAUUCAGUAUAAACUAUGCAAAUGAAAAACUUCAGGAAUACUUCAACAAGCACAUUUUUUCCUUGGAGCAACUGGAAUAUAAUAAGGAAGGUUUGGUAUGGGAAGAUAUAAACUGGAUGGAUAAUGGGGAGUGUCUGGACCUAAUCGAAAAGAAACUGGGACUACUGGCCCUUAUUAAUGAAGAGAGUCACUUUCCUAAGGCAACUGACAGUACUUUGCUGGCAAAACUGCACUGUCAGCAUUCGCAAAAUCCCUUCUAUGUGAAGCCCCGGGUUGCUGUGCACAAUUUUGGAGUGAAACACUACGCUGGAGAGGUGUUAUAUGACGUGAGGGGCAUUCUUGAGAAGAACAGAGAUACAUUCAGGGAAGACGUUCUUAAUUUACUGCAGGAAAGCAGGCUGGAUUUUGUCUAUGACCUGUUUGAGCAUGUUUCAUGUUGGAACAAUCAAGAUACACUGAAAUGUGGAUCCAAACAUCGGAAACCAACUGUGAGCUCACAGUUCAAGAAUUCCCUGCAUUCCCUGAUGGCCACUCUAAGCACAUCAAAUCCUUUCUUUGUCCGCUGCAUCAAACCAAAUACCCAGAAGAUGCCAGACCAGUUUGACCAAUCAGUGGUACUAAACCAAUUGAGGUAUUCUGGAAUGCUGGAGACCGUGAGGAUACGACGGGCUGGAUUUCCUGUCCGGAGAAACUUCCUAGACUUUUACACAAGAUACAAAGUAUUGAUGAAAAACAUGACAGUUCCUGAAGAUGUGAAGGAGAAAUGUAGAAGUCUGCUUCAUACAUAUGACAGCACAAGUGCUGAGUGGCAACUAGGGAAGACAAAGGUCUUUCUUCGGGAAUCCCUCGAACACAAGCUGGAAAAACAGCGUGAAGUUGAAGUUUACAAAGCAGCCAUGAUCAUCCAAGCUCGUAUAAUGGGUUACAUGGCAAGGAAGCAGUAUCGAAAGGUCCUGCAGUGCAUUGUGGUGAUUCAGAAGAACUAUCGGGCUUUCUUCUGGAGGAGAAGGUUCCUCCACCUCCGCAAAGCUGCCGUAACCUUACAGAAGCAAGUGCGAGGAAAGCUGGCACGCAAGAUCUACAGCCAGUUGCUUGAAGAGAGACAAAGGAAGGAAGAGGAGGAGUGCAAGAGAAGAGAGGAAGAGGAAGAAAGAGAAAAACAAAGAUUGGAAGUUGAACGCCUUGCACAGCAGGCUGAGGAAGCCCGUAAACAGCAGGAGCUGGCAGCCCUCCUAAAAGCUCAAGAAGAAGAAAUGGAGCACAGCCAGGCCGGGGAAAAGCCUCAGGACACCACCCAGGUGGAGGAGAUCCUGAGACUGGAGCGAGAGAUUCAGGACCUGCAGCGCAAGAAGGAGCAGCAGGAGCUCUCUCUGACUGAGGCCUCCCUCCAGCGGCUGCAGCUGCUCCGUGAUGACGAGCUGAGGCGCCUUGAGGAGGAGGCUUGCCGGGCUGCCCAGGAAUUCCUGGAGUCCCUGAACUUUGACGAGAUUGACGAGUGUGUGCGCAACAUCGAGAGCUGCCUCUCCGUGGGCAGUGGAGAAGCUGUCAGCAUGGAUAAACCGAACUUCAACUUCAGCCAGCCCAACCCAGAGGAGGAGGUGGAUGAGGGCUUUGAAGCAGACGAUGAUGCCUUCAAAGAUUCACCCAGCUCCAGUGAGCAUGGUCAUUCAGACCAGAGGACCAGCGGUAUUAGGACAAGUGAUGAUUCCUCAGAGGAGGACCCCUACAUAAAUGACACAGUGAUUACCACCCUCCCCAAUCCUGCCAUCACAGCUCUGCUUCUUCCUAUCCAAGACUCUCUCAACGUGAACAUGUCUGCCAGCAAGGAUUUGGCUUACUGCAUUGGUGACAACAUGAGUGGCAGUCCCCAGGACUCUGUGGAGCUUAUCCCACCCAAUGAAGACUCUGACUAUGACCAGGAUGACUAUGAUGAUGGGGCUAUUGCCUCUGGCAGCAGCAUGACAUUCUCCAACCCCCGCAGUGGCCAGUGGUCUUCGGAUUACCGUUUCUCUGUGGGGACCUACAACAGCUCUGGAGCUUAUCACUUCAGCUCAGAAGGAGCACAGUCUUCAUUUGAAGACAGCGAAGACGACUUUGACAGCAGGUUUGACACAGAUGAUGAGCUUUCUUACCGCAGAGACUCUGUCUACAGCUGUGUCAGCCUUCCCUAUUUCCACAGCUUCCUUUUCAUCAAAGGGGGUCUGAUGAACAUAUGGAAGAGGCGCUGGUGUGUCUUAAAGGAUGAAACGUUCCUGUGGUUCCGCUCCAAGCAGGAAGCCUUGAAGCAGGGCUGGCUGCACAAGAAAGGUGGCGGCUCCUCAACGCUUUCCAGACGGAACUGGAAGAGGCGCUGGUUCGUCCUGCGCCAGACCAAGCUCAUGUACUUUGAGAACGACGGAGAGGAGAAGCUGAAGGGCACUCUUGACAUGCGGGCUGCAAAGGAAAUUAUUGACAAUACCGGGAAAGAGAAUGGAAUUGAUGUAGUAAUGCCAGAACGCACAUACCACCUGAUUGCAGAAACUGCUGAAGAUGCAAGGCAAUGGUUCAGUGUCCUGAGCCAGGUCCACGGAUCCACAGAGCAGGAGAUUCGUGAAAUGCAUGAUGAACAAGCCAACCCACAGAAUGCAGUGGGUACGAUUGAUGUAGGACUAAUUGAUUCAGUGUGUGCUUUUGACAAUCCAGAGAGACCCAACUCUUUUGUGAUCAUAACGACCAACCGUGUCCUACACUGCAACGCAGACACCCCAGAGGAGAUGCAUCACUGGAUUACACUCCUGCAAAGAUCAAAGGGGGAUACCAGAGUUGAAGGACAGGAGUUCCUAGUGAGAGGAUGGCUGCACAAAGAGAUGAAGAACAGCACAAAAGCUUCGAUGAAGCUAAAGAAGCGCUGGUUUGUGCUGACACACAACUCUCUGGAUUACUACAAGAGCUCGGAGAGAAACGCGCUUAAACUGGGCACUCUGGUGCUCAACAGCCUCUGCUCUGCGGUGCCGCCUGAUGAAAAGACCUUCAAAGAAACAGGUUAUUGGAAUGUCACUGUCUAUGGGCGCAAGCACUGCUACCGCCUCUAUACAAAACUGCUGAAUGAAGCAACCAGGUGGUCAAGUGCCAUCCAGAAUGUCAUUGAUACCAAGGUACCCAUUGACACACCAACGCAGCAACUCAUUCAAGACAUCAAGGAAAACUGCUUGAAUACUGAAGUUGUGGAGCAAAUAUACAAGAGAAACCCAAUUCUUCGUUACACUCACCAUGCUUUGCACUCGCCACUCCUUCCAUUGCCCUAUGGGGACAUACACCUAAACUUGCUGAAAGACAAAGGCUACACAACUCUACAGGAUGAAGCCAUCAAGAUUUUCAACUCCCUCCAGCAGAUCGAAUCUGUUCCCGACCCCAUUCCUAUCAUUCAAGGAAUUUUGCAGACGGGGCAUGACCUUCGACCCCUGCGGGAUGAGAUCUACUGCCAGCUCAUUAAGCAGACCAACAAGACUCCUAACACAGGGAGUGUAGGAAACCUGCGCAACUGGCAGAUCCUAACCUGCAUAAGCUGCACAUUUGUACCGUCUCGAACCAUACUCAAGUACCUGAAGUUCCACCUCAAGAGAGUUCGAGAACAAUUCCCAGGCACAGAGAUGGAGAAGUAUGCAGCAUUCACCUGCGAGUCACUGAAGAAAACCAAGUCCAGGGAGUUUGUUCCCUCCCGGGAGGAAAUCCAGGCUGUGAUCAGUAGGGAAGAAAUGACAAGUACGGUUUACUGUCAUGGUGGAGGCUCUUGUAAAAUCACAAUCAAUUCCCACACAUCUGCUGGAGAGAUUGUUGAGAAACUGAUGCGUGGAUUGGCAAUGGAAGACAGCAGGAACAUGUUUGCUUUGUUUGAGCACAAUGGCACCACUGACAAAGCCAUUGAAAGCAGGACCAUUGUUGCCGACAUCCUAGCCAAGUUUGAAAAGCUUGCAGCCAGCACAGAGGAAAGCAGUAAUCAGUGGAAAUUCUAUUUCAAACUCUACUGCUUCCUGGACACAGAUAAUGUGCCUAAAGAUAGUGUGGAAUUUGCUUUUAUGUUUGAGCAGGCUCAUGAGGCUGUCAUCCGAGGGCACUAUCCAGCCCCAGAGGAGACCCUCCAGUUCUUGGCAGCCUUGCGGCUUCAAUAUGUGCAAGGAGACUUCACCACCCACACCACAAUGCCCGAGAUGGAAGAGGUAUACCCAAUGGAGAGGCUGAAGGCACGGAUCACCCAGUCUACCAAGACCUUCACCCCAACCCAGGACAGGUGCGAGAGGAAGCGCUCCAGCUUCCUGGAGGGGACCCUGCGCAGGAGCUUCCGCGGCGGCUCCAUCACCAAGCAGAAGCUGGUGGAGGAGCAGAUGCUGGAUGUGUGGGUGAAAGAGGAGAUCACCGCCGCCAAGACCAACAUCAUCGACAAGUGGAAGAAGCUGCAGUCCAUGACUCAGGCGCAGGCCAUGGUUAAAUACAUGGCACUGGUAAAGGAAUGGCCUGGAUAUGGCUCCACUCUUUUCAACGUGGAGUGUAAGGAAGGUGGCUUCCCAAAAGACCUGUGGCUGGGAGUCAGCGGUGCUGCGAUUUCAAUUUACAAGCGAGGGGAGCCCAGGCCCCUGGAGAUCUUCCAGUAUGAGCACAUUCUGUCAUUCGGAACCCCGCUCUCAAACACAUACAAAAUUGUGGUGGAUGACAGAGAGUUGCUGUUUGAAACAAUCCAGGUGGUUGACAUUGCAAAGCUGAUGAAAGCCUACAUCAGUAUGAUUGUAAAGAAGCGUUACAGCACCCCACGUUCAUUCGGCAGCCAGGGCAGCCAGUGCAGCAGCAGCAGGUGAGGUCGUCGGCCCGCUUCUGAGAUACCGAAUCAGGUGGUCUAAUGGAGACCUGCUUCCCAUGAUGCUGAAGAACAAGCAGAGACUGGCUGUUGCAAGCCUCCAAGAACCAUUAACCCGGAAGAGCAAAAAUAAGAUGAAACCUACAAUGACUUUUUAGCUUUAACUCGUAACAGAAGAUUGAUCUGUGAAAUCCAUUCAUAACGUUCUGGCUACAACUAACUUGCAGAUACUGCUAUUGAAGACUAAAGACUGUUUGUGAUUUACCCCUAUGUAAACCUCCAAAGCUUUACUAUGUUGAAUAAUAUUUAAAACAAAUCAUGCACUGCCAAUAAGGCAGUACUAAGGUGCCUUAUAUAGUAGUUAAGCUGAAAACACAAAAGCUUAGUGGGGCUGCUUUAAACUCUGGGCACUUGUAUGGUUAAGGACAAAUGGCAAAGGAGGACUGCAGGGCUUCAUUCUACCUGAUAUGUGCUACAGUGUGUGUUUUUUGGUGUGCACGAUGGUAUUCUCCUGCUCCCACUCUUUCAGCCUGUCUUGGAAUGCUGCUGGCAGCCUUCCUUAACAAAAGCAUUACAUUUCAUUCCUCAUUAAUUCUGUGCCUUUUUUUGUAAUAUAUGUGUACAUGAGUUUUAAUCCAUAUUUUAAAAAAUGUUUUAUUGCAAAGAUGAUAACGUGCAAUGUUUUAUAUAUGUGGCUGUACAUAUUUUAAUACAUAUGAAUUUUAGGUAUUUCAACCAGACUAUUAAUCCAAUAAUCAUAUGUUGCAAUGAAAUCAACUUGUUUUUCAAAAAUGAUAAACAAUAUAGAUUGCCAAAUGAGAUGUUUUACAGCAAAAAACAAAAAAAACUGUAGCAGCUCUGUAUUCUCUGUAUUAUCUGUGUUCUGUAUUUCAGAAUGUGUAGCAAACAAGCCAUUAAAUAAAUAUGCAUGGUGUCCCAUAGUAACGUGUACCUUUUCUGUUUGUGUAAGAGACUCGGGUACAGAAUACAGUUCUUAAUAUUCCACUUGUAGUCUCAGUGUAAUUAAAAUGGCAGACUGGCGGACUAUUUUCCCCUUUAGUAUAAAAUAUGAUGCAUAUACAUUUUGUAGAAAUGGGUAAAUAAAUGUUUCAUAUUGUAGAAAAUAAUUACACUUCAUAUGAAGGAAUGGUACUGUUAUCAUUUGCUGGCAGGAGUACUGAAUGAAUCCUUGGGACCCAAAGUCUUGAGAUUAUGGCCUCCUGUCAUUUGUAAAUGUUCACCUGAUUGGCUGAACAGAUUCAGAAUAAAUAAUUGACACGUUACAAGUUAGGAUGCAAAUAUUUUUUUUCCCCAAAUGUCCAAAAUAAAAUGAAGUUUACUGUU